AUGCCAGGAACCAUCCCUGCCAUCACCGAUCCUGCUCUCGUCGACACUGCCUCUUCUUCCUCGGACGUCUCUCGAGCCACUCUAGCUCCCGCACAAGCUUCGGAUCCUCACGUCGCCAAGGCAACGGACAGCGACCCGCAGGCUCCCUCGCUAAUCACUCCUGUGCCUCUCUCGCAUCCAACCUCGGGCGUGGCUAGCAAAGGCGCUGCUCAACUCACUUCCAACUCUGCCCUCACGUCGGCGCUCGCUCCUUCCAACUUGCAGGCCAACAUGACCAAGCAACUCUCCUCAACAUCUUCGCCUGCUGGCAAGAACGCCGUUCGUCAGCGCAAAUCCAACUCGGCAAAGGGAAAAUCUGGCCAGAUUGCAGGUGGCGACGACAACAAUGAGCUGCUCAAGUUUGUCGAGACAGAUGGUCACUUUUCGCUCGUGCGCAACUUCCACCUUGCCGACGCCUUCACGCUAAUGAACGCCUUUUGCGGUGCCCAGUCGCUCUUUGCAUCCGCACGCUACUUGAUCACCUCGGAUCCCAAGCACGCCUGGUUGGCGCUCUGGUUCCCACUGUUUGGUGCCAUCUUCGACCUGUUGGAUGGAAAAGUUGCUCGUUGGAGAAAGAGCUCCAGCAUGCUCGGUCAGGAACUCGACAGCUUGGCCGACUCGCUUUCGUUUGGUGCUGCGCCUGCUUUUGCCGCGUAUGCGCUCGGACUCAGGGGUGGGCUCGACAGUAUCAUCCUCACGCUCUUCGUGUGCGCUGGUGUCGCCAGGCUGGCUAGGUUUAACGUCACGGCCGCCACCAUCCCACACGACAGCACGGGCAAGGCGAGGUACUUUGAAGGCCUUCCCAUCCCGUCUUCGCUUGUCCUGGUCGGCGGUAUGGCCGUCUGCCUGCUCACGGGUAGGAUUUCCCCCGGUGGGCUACCUAUUGCUCUCGCCAAGGAGAGAGGCUACCUCGCGUCGCAGGGUUUGACGUUCACUGGCGCGUUGCGCGAGUACCUCCCGGCCAGCUUGAACGGCCGAGGCGUACCGCUGGGUAUGUUUACCAUUGACUUUUCCAGCCAGGUUGCCAAGUUGUUGCAGCUCGUGCCUGGGUUGAGUGUCAAGGACGCAGCGCAGUGGGCCGACAGUGUUGCAAAGAUUGAGGGCCAUUGGCUGGCGUUUGUCUGGCUGGCUUGGGCUUCGGCCAUGGUCAGCAAGACUUUGAGGGUUCCCAAGCCUUGA